AGAGUGUGCAAAUUGCGCUUGUCACAGUUCUAGUGAAAGAAGCAAGAAGUACUAUCGCACUCGACACAGUUAAAUGGAUAAAAUAUUUUUAUUUAUAACGUUUGUUACAUUACUUUUAACCAUUGUACCAUAUCAGCAAGGUCAUUGGCAACUUAAAGAGUCUAUAUAGAAGAAUCAUAUAAUAAAACGUUAAAAAGAUGUUUGUACUUCAACAUGCAAUCUUGCGACGCCUCAGUAAUGUUUCAACUUUUAAUAUUGUACGGAAUAUUCAUUCACACCUAGUACUUCGGAAGGAAUAUACCACCAAUCAGAACGAUAUGACAAACACCAAUCACUCUAUUCCCUUUUAUUAUUCCACGAGCAGUGAUAGAGAGGAAAAUGAGUGGAAAAAAUAGGCAAAUUUGAGAAGUGGAACCUUUUGCAGAAAUUAUUAGAACCGAUGAGAUAUAGUGUUCAAGCUCCCGGAAAACGUAUAACAACGACAGAUUUAAUAAGGGCCUUCAAUUAUUGGCUAAGGAUAUCGGACGACAAAGUCCAAACGAUUAAUGAUAUAUCAAGAAUGGUUCACCAUGCGAAUGAUAUAAUAGAUGAUAUUGAAGAUAAUUCCAUUUUGCGAAGAGGCAUUCCCGUUGCACAUUCAAUUUAUGGAAUCGCUAACACAAUAAAUGCUGCAAAUUACGUAACUUUUAUUGCAUUGGAACGCGUUCUUAGUUUACAACAUCCAGAGGCGGCAAAAGUGUAUUUGGAACAAGCACUGGAGUUUCACAGAGGUCAGGGAAUGGAGAUCUUUUGGUCAACUCAUUGUAUCUGUCCAACUGAAGCAGAUUACAAGACCAUGAUAAUCAGAAAGGGUGAAGUCUUCUACUUGGCGCUAAAAUUAAUGCAAUUGUUCUCAACUUGUAAAGAAGACCUUUCGUUAAUAACAGAUACCUUUCGAUUAUUGUUUCAAAUAAGUGACGAUUAUUGCGACCUGUGGCUUGAUGAGGAUACCAAGAAUACAAGUUAUUGUGAAGAUUUGACCGAAGGGAAAUUUAGCCUUCCGAUUAUUCAUGCGCUGACAAACAAUCCGGACGAUAAGGAAAUAAUAAGUAUUCUAAAACAACGGACAAAGGAUAACGAAAUAAAACGUUAUUGCGUUCAAUUAUUAGAGAAAUAUGGUUCCUUUAAAUACACGAGAAACAUGCUUGAGGAACUGGACUCGAUCGCGAGGGCUGAAAUUGAACGUUUAGGCGGUAACCCGCAUUUUGUGAGUAUUCUAGAUCAACUCAAGAAAUGGGAUGUCAAAAAUGUGCCUAAAAAUUCCGUAGCUGGAACGUCUUAAAUUUACGUUUACAUAUUUGUUUUUGCAAAAACAACAAAAACGUAGCCGUAUACUUUUUUCAUAAUAAUAGUAUACAUGAUAAUAAUAUUAAGACAAACGGCCAAGAUAUGAUUAUAUAGGAUUAUAUAGAAAAGAUAUAUGGAUAACAAAAUGUUUCAAAAAUAUAUAAUAAAGUUUUGUUUGUUGUAAUUUUCGCUGGACACAC